AUGAAGGUCUCUGCCGCCAUUUGGACAGUGAUGGACGUCUUGGUGAGACACUCCUGUCCUGACAAUGAUUAUCAUGCUGGAUGGAAGUGCUCUGACCAGAAACCGCAAAGCUCCGUCUUGCCUCCACGGGAAGGACUUGUAAUUGAAAAGAGGGAUCCCGCUGUCAACUUCGUAGCAGCCGAGUUCAUUCUGAUGAAGAAAGUUUCUCAGCAAGGCACGAAUACGCGGCGCAAGGGCAGCAACCCUGCCCAUGCAGAGCUGCCCGCAUGCAGAGCAACCUCUCUCUAUCUGUACCCGGCGGAUCUCAUGGUGGGAACUCUGUUGGAGCUAGCUUGUGCGGGAGUUUUGAAACGUUUGCUUCUGAGUCGAGUCGACAUCAUGCAGCCAGGAUGCAUGGUGUCUGCAGCCGAGUUCUUGCAAGGCGAGCACGAUGCAUGGGUUCAGCAACGUUUGGAGGUCCACUAAAGAUUCUAUGGCUAACACGGGUCCAUGUGGUUGAAUGCGCCUUUGCUGCUAAAGUCACACAAUCGUUGCAAGAACACUUUGAAAAAAAAAUACGUCUAUUCACACCUGCGAGGACCUCGAAUGGGUCGGUGGGGAUCGCAAAGUGCACCAAAAUGUAGGUACAUGUAGCCCAUCACAUCCACGACGAACUGGGUACCGGUAAUCGAAAAACAGUGAGGGGGGGAGGGAGUGGCAUCAUCGCUCUAGAAGAUCACUCGAUAUGCAGGAGGCGCAGACUCCGAUCCUUCCGGAUGAGGACGAUGAGUACCGUAUGGUCUCUAUUCCAAGGCAAAGGCAACC